ACUACCACACUUUCUCCAGCAUAGAUGUAUCCAGAGGCAACUCCAGUUACGCCCACAUCUCAAAAGCUCCGGCUUCAUCACCAACAACAGUUGAAGUCACUCAGGUAUCACCUCAUACACCAGGUGUUCACCAAAUCUUUCCAGCUUUACCACCAACUUCUGCUGCAGUUACGCCGUCACCACGUCUUCAACCAAGCAGGGGUCAUCAGACUAUCCCAGCUCCGACACCUACAUCAGUUGCAAUUAACCAGUCACCACCUCAUCCACCAGGUGUUCACCUAACCUUUCCAGCUUCACCACCAACUUCUGCUGCAGUUACGCAGUCACCACCUCUUCAACUAAGCAGUGGUCAUCAGACUAUUCCAACUCUGACACCAACAUCAGUUGCAAUUAACCAGUCACCACCUCAUCCACCAGGUGUUCACCAUACCUUUCCAGCUUCACCACCAACUUCUGCAGCAGUUACGCAGUCACCAACCCAUGAACCAAGCAAUGUUCAUCAGACUAUUCCAGCUCUGAAACCAACAUCAGUUGCAAUUACCCAGUCACUAUCCCGUCCACCAAGUGUUCACCAAACCUCUCCAGCUCCUGCAGUAAUGUCGCUAGUUCCAGCCACUUACUCACCAUCGGCUACAACAGCUACACUAGCCAAUUCAGGCAUGAUUAGUCCAGCUCCGCUUCCUUCGCUGCAGACUUCUACAUGGUCUAUACCACAAAUCUUGGUGUCGGCAAAGCCCCUUCAGACCUUUUCGCGUAGAGAUGCAAAUGUGAGGGUAGAGGAUUGG